GGUAACUACGUCAUCGGGGACGGCCCGUGGCAUAGCCUGUAAUACGGAGACGGUCAUUGGUACAUUUACAGCAUAGUGUACAGUGUGAAUAGCCACGGGCCAGACCCGUUCUCAGCGGGGCAUCAAACCGCCACCAUGGGAAGCCGAUGUCGCACAGCAGGCGCAUUUCAAAGCAAUCACUGCAUCUUUUUAUGCAUCUCCGAUCAAAUCAGAAUUGCCCCCACGACGCCCUGUUAUCUUUCGCCUCCCACUAUUCAACUCUCCUUUCUGAAGAUUGCCGAAGAGUCGCUCGUCUAGCAGUCGGGUUAGACUUUCAUAAUUCACAUAUCGCGGGGUCAGGGCAGCAACCGAGCCAGUACUGACGGCCGAUUGCAUAUUUCGAAAUUCGAAAUCGUAGGCAUUGGCGUAGCACGGGCGCGCCGCCUCGCUAGCCUCCCACAAUGUCCGCCAUCCUUUCCGCCGACGACCUCAACGACUUCAUCAGCCCCGGCGUGGCCUGCAUCAAGCCCGUCGAAACACUCCCCACCGCAGCGCCCUCCUCCGAACCCCAGUCCCUCGAACACGAAGUCAUCCUAGACGGGCAGCAACAGCAGCAGCGACCCACUGGACCAGCUCAGAUAUCUCUCACCGACUGCCUCGCCUGCUCAGGCUGCGUCACCUCUGCCGAAGCUGUGCUCGUUAGCUUGCAAAGCCAUAACGAAGUGCUCAGCGUGCUAGACUCGGCGCCCGCGCUACGGCUCACCCAAACCAGCGAUGGGAAGCACGCAGUCUCAGGGCUGGAGGAUCCGUCCGCCAAGCUAUUCGUUGCCAGCGUCUCACCACAGACAAGAGCCAGUUUGGCGGCGGCGUGCGGAGGCGGUGUGACGGAGCAGCAAGCCGGGCUGAUGAUUGAGCAGUUGCUUGCAGGCGAGAGAGGGUUGGCUGCUGGUGGGAAGUACGGGAACAGAUUUACUUGGGUCGUGGAUACCAAUGCCGCGAGGGAGGCGUGCCUCGUCCUUGGGUCGGAUGAGGUUUUAAGACAGGGCGGGCUCCAACCGUCUGAUCAGCCCAGGACACCAAUCCUCACGUCGUCCUGCCCUGGCUGGGUAUGCUAUGCGGAAAAGACACAUCCGUAUGUGUUACCGCAUCUGUCGCGCGUCAAAUCACCGCAAGCAUUGAUGGGUACGCUCCUCAAGACAACGCUUAGUCGAGUAUUGGGCGUUCCGCCAGAUAGGAUAUGGCAUCUUGCGGUCAUGCCUUGUUUCGAUAAGAAAUUGGAGGCGAGUCGGGAGGAGUUAACAGAUGCUGUCUGGGAAGGCGAUGGAAAGCCUGGGAGAGGAGCGAGGGACGUGGAUUGCGUCAUCACGACCAAGGAAAUUCUCACGCUCGCCGAGUCGAGAGCGGUAGAUUUCUUCAGUCUGUCUAACUCGGCACUUGAGGAACAACCGGCGUUCCCUGACUCGACCAUCCAACGCUUCCUCUUCCCAACCCAUCGACGAAAGCAGCCGCGUGAUGCGGGCACGUCCGGCGGGAAUUUGCAUUUCAUUCUCCAGGACGUCCAGUCGAGACACCCCGGGUCGCGAAUCCAGAUGGCGCGGGGUAGGAACGCCGACGUUGUGGAAUUCGCCGUCAUCACGUCUUCCGGAGAGUCCGUUUUCAAAGCGGCACGCUACUACGGGUUCCGCAACAUCCAGAAUCUCGUCCGGAAGCUGAAACCGGCAAGACCCUCCCGUAUGCCUGGCGGGAAGCCGAUCGGCGGUGCAAGAAAGCCCGCUGGAAAGUCGGCCGGCGUGGGAUAUGCCUAUGUUGAGGUCAUGGCAUGUCCCGGCGGUUGCACAAAUGGGGGUGGCCAGAUCAAGAUCGAUGAUCAGGUCAUUGCCAAACGAAAGGCUUUCAUCGAGAAGCCUGGGCUCGACGAGCAGAAGGCGUGGGCUGCGGAAGUCGACGAGGCGUACUUCUCCGCUGAUGAACCAGAUUCCACGCCUGGUCCUGUCGCUGGGAUAGACGACGGUCGUUCUCUAGAGCUUGUUGCUGGCAUUUCUCCUUCGCACAUUCGAGAUACCCUGGCGCAUUGGUCGGACAUAACGGACAUACAAUUGGAUAGGUUGGUGUACACGAGUUAUCGCGAGGUGGUAAGCGAUGUGGGCAAGCAGAUCAGCGACACCGAGCGGGUGGUUCAGCUGGCGGGCAAGAUAGGCGGCGGUUGGUAAGAAAACCUUACUGGCGCUGUAGAGUCGAUAGAUAAUCAACCAUGCUCGGCCCCUCGACAACGAGCGAAGCCAAAACCUCCUCUUCCGCUACCGUCAGGGCCUCGUGGCUCCCGUAUGACCUGAUCCUCUACGCGGGGCGUGUUCGACCGACUGCCAGACUGAACAGAAGCGUCGCCGCGCUUGUGGAUAUUGAACCCCGGCUUCGGCGAGUAUCCGGGGUCGUACAGCUCCCUGGUGCUGCCAGACUGCCGGUCUGACGGCUGUGUUCGGUCAUUUCGCCCGCUCUCUUGAUCCCGUC